AUGCGUGCCGGCGAGCCCGUACUCGAGGUCAUCUUCGAGGUCGAUGCCAACGGUAUUCUCAAGGUCACCGCCACUGAGAAGUCUUCUGGCCGCAGCGCCAACAUUACCAUUUCCAACUCUGUCGGCAAGCUGUCCACCGGCGAGAUUGAGAAGAUGAUCAACGACGCUGAGGCUUUCAAGUCCAACGACGAGGCUUUCAGCAAGCGUUUCGAGGCUAAGCAGCAGCUCGAGUCCUACAUUGGCCGUGUUGAGGAGAUUGUCUCUGAUCCUACCCUGUCCCUCAAGCUCAAGCGUGGCCAGAAGGAGAAGAUUGAGUCCACCAUCAGCGACGCCAUGGCCGCCCUCGAGCUUGGCGACAGCACCGCCGAGGACCUCAAGAAGCAGGAGCUCGCCCUCAAGCGUCUCGUCACCAAGGCCAUGUCAUCUCGAUAA